GUGAGGUGGAGUACCAUCCACUGUACAAUAUACUGUGGUUUCUAAAUUCGAAAUUUUCUUUUCCCCGCUCUCCCUCGUCACAAGCUCUCACGCCUGAUAUCUCUCAUUGAAGUCCUCUGCCAGCUUCUCCGCCGAAAUCAUGACCGCCGUUUCCGAUGCUCCGGUCGAUUCCACCGCCGAUCCUCUUUUCCCCUGGCUCCGGUCAAUUGAAAAAACACUAAUUAAUCUCAAAUCAAACGCCGACGCCGAUGAUUCGCAACUUUAUCAGCUUGCAUCUGACUGUGUUCACACUUUCAAGAACGAUAUUCGCUACCAAAACGACGUCAGAUUCCUCAAAAUUUGGUUUCUCUAUAUGGAUGGCAGUUCGGAUUUUAAGAGUGUUUUUAGAGAAAUGCAGCAAUGCAAUAUUUGUGUACACAAUUCAGUGCUUUACGAGUCGUAUGCGUUGUUUCUUGAAGUGAAGGGGAUGUUGCGUGAAGCUCAUUCUGUUUAUCAAUUAGGCAUUUCCAGGAAUGCUGAGCCUAUAGAGAGGUUGAAGAAAAGACUGGCCUUAUUCUAUGAGAGAAUGACGGCAAUUGUGAAUGCUUGUUCAGAUAAGAAGAUAAAUUCCAGUGUUAUGUUGAAGAGCGGAGAAACUAUCAAUCCAUGGUCGAUUAGUACCAUCACAGAUUUAUUGCAAAAAAUGAAGGCUAGUAUCUCAAAAUACAAGGGAUACCAUUCGAUUUCUAAAGCAUAUCCAGGGAAAGUGGCAUUAUCUACACUGGCAAAGUCAAUUAGGAAUAAGGUUAUUAUUGAUAUAGGUGGCAAGAAGUAUCAGAUCAUAGGUUGUGCUGGUCAGGGUGGAUUUGCACAAGUAUUCAAAGCAUAUGUCAAUAGUAAUCCCGAAGAUGUUGUUGCCUUGAAGAUACAAAAGCCAGCUUUUCCUUGGGAGUUUUACAUGUAUCGGCAACUUGAUAUGAGGAUUCUUGGCAGAGAAAGGUCGAGCUUUGGAUUUGUGCACAAAUUGCAUCUCUAUUCUGAUUAUAGUAUACUUGUCUCUAAUUAUCUCUCACACGGAACGCUUCAGGAUGCAAUAAAUUCGAACGUGGUAAUUGGAGGAAGCAUGGCGGAAGUCCUAUGUAUUUAUUACACCAUUGAGCUUCUUUCCAUGCUGGAAGCAUUGCAUGCAUCUAGGAUUGUUCAUGGUGAUUUCAAGCCUGAUAACUUACUUAUUCGAUAUGCAAGGGAUGAGCUCACAGAAAAUGAUUUUCAUGGUCGUACUGGCCCUUGGGAGGAUCAGGGACUUUGCUUAGUGGACUGGGGUAGGGGAAUAGACUUGAGUCUCUUUCCUGAGAAGACAAAAUUCACGGGAGACUGUCGAACCUCUGGAUUUCGCUGCAUUGAGAUGCAAGAAAAUAAGCCAUGGACAUUUCAGGCAAAUACCUACGGUCUCUGUGUUAUUGUCCAUAUGAUGCUUCACAACUCAUAUAUGGAAACUGAAAAGAAGAUGUCAUCUAGUGGAAGCUAUAUUAAUCUACCGAAAGCACCUUUCAAGAGAUAUUGGCAAAUUGACCUUUGGAAGAACCUUUUCUCGGAGCUGCUUAACAUUAGUCCUGACCAUGAUCACAUUGAGUCAUUACGGAGCAUAAGAAAGUCAUUUCAGGAUUAUAUGUGCUCAAAACCACAGCGGAUAAAAGAUCUAAAGCAGUCACUUGUGAAACAAAGACAAUCCAUGUGUUCAGCUUAGGAAUUAUUUCAUUCACUAUCCCUUAUUAUACAUCAAGGUUUGAUUUCAAGGAACAGGAAAAAUUGGUAAGGCCCCUUGAUUUGGUAUCCCUUUCAACAAAGCUAAUGGAAAUGUAGCCUGCUGCAUUAUUGGCUGACAAAUCAUGUACUGCAUCUUAGUUUUCUUAAUUCAAGCAUAUUAUAUUUACUGCAUUAAUAUAACUCCCUCCGUC